AUGGAUGGAGUGCCACCAAGGGAAACCGACAGGAGAGACAUCUGUGGAGUCAAAAAUGGACCUUAUGGAAGCCCAAGCCCAAGCUGUCAGCGUGGAUGCGUUAAGGGACUAGCCUUGCAGGGUCGCCCUUACUUGCCCUCAAUUUUAAUGAUUAUUAUCUGUUGGAACGUUAGAGGUGCUGCUUGCACCAAAUUCAGACCUACCGUGAUGGAGUUGAUCCGCAAUCACCAUGUUGACAUCCUUGUCCUCUGUGAACCUCGAAUUAGCGGAAAGAAAGCUGCCGACACAAUGAAGUCGCUUGGGUUCCCUUGCUAUGAAAUUGUCGACUCUAUUAGUUUUUCUGGAGGUCUUUGGCUCUUAUGGAAGGACACGAAUGUUAAUAUUGAGAUCAUUGGCACCACUGACCAAUCUAUUACAACUUGUGUGACUAGUCCUGGGAAGAGUCCUUGGCUUCUCACUACUAUAUAUGUAAGCCCUUGUGGUCCUAAACAAGAAAAAUUAUGGGAGUAUCUUGAUUUGUCAGUAGCUGCUAUCAACUGCCAUGGGUUCUUGCUAGAGACUUUAAUGAAAUGUUGCAUGUUGAGGAUAAACUGGGAGGUGCUCUGA